AUAUCUUUUCUUGAGACAUUCUCUUGAUCCACAUAUCUACCUACCUCUCUAGCUAGGCAUUCUCUUGAUCCACAUAUUUACCUACCUCUCUAGCUAGAAACAAAGCUUGCUCUCGGCAACAAUGGCUGCAGGUGGAGCUUCUCUUAUUGGUGCUGCUGUUUUCUCCGUGCUGAUCAUGUCUUCCCUGGGGGAUCCGAUGCCUUUAUGCAGCGACUGCGAGACACUGUGCCGUACCAACUGCACCGCGGAGGCUGAAGCCAAUUGCGCCAAUUACUGCAACAACACCCAAGCAACAGCAGGGCACUGCGAAGGUUGCAUGGGCGCCUACUUCGGCCAGCACUGCAAUCCCGAGUGUCUUAAGAAUUGCAGCAACGGCUGCAAGAGGAAGGUGCUUCCGACGCCUUUAUGCAGCGACUGCGACACGGUAUGCAGUACCAAGUGCGACGAGGAGCUUCAAACCACCUGCAGCGAAUACUGCGACUUCAGCCGCAGCGGUCUGGCGGACUGCCAGCGUCAGCUCUUCAAGCGGUGCAAUGCAGAGGGUACCUGCUGCAGUAGCGACGGCACAUGCACUUGUGACUGCGAGACCGAAGCUCGAAAGCAGUGCGUGGGCGUCAGCGACAACUCCAAUAAUUGCGAAGUUUGCAAGCGCAGCCAGUUCGACCAGGACUGCCAUCCCACCUGUAACACCGACUGCAAUAGCAACUGCAAGAAGGAGAAAGGGUGCCGCGGGCACGCAUAGGGAAAACAUGUAACUGGGGGCCCUGCAUUGCGUAGGAAAUAACAUGGCUCCUUGUAGUCGUGCGUAGAUUUCGAUUUCUGUAAACGCCACGACCUGGUUUUGUGGGAUGGCACAGGAGGAGUAUGGGUGGUGGCGCAUCACCCCCAGCUUUUGGCCGAGGAUUUAUAUUCUGUAUUUCUGUUUAUGUUUUCUGAACAA